GAUCUCGCCCCACACUGACUUUGCUCUCACUGUCCGGUCAGACGCACUUCCCGCCCUCGCGUAGGUCUGCACCGCCACAGCCGCCCUCGCCCGCGCGUCCCUCACCCAGUCCGCCACUGCCGCGCCUCAGAAUCCGAAGGCUGGGUCCCAGGGCAACCAUCCACGCCGCCGCCACGACCUACACGGGAGCCACGCGCCGCAACCGCCACCAACGCCUUGCCGCCGCCGCUCGCCCGCCGCCCACCAUGGCCCAGCAGCAAACAGGUAGCAGGAAACCGAAAGCGCCCGCUCUCCAGGCGGGCGCCGAGAGUUCGCCGUCGCAGGGCUUGGCGGCAGCGGACGGUGAGGGGCCUCUGGUACUGAAUAGGCAGAGGCGGCCGGCGACGUGUGGCUCAAUGGUUCACUAUCUGAAGGUUCGGGAGGUAGGCGGGUGGGGCCCCGCCGGGCUCCAGGGCUUCGAUGGCGAGAUGCGAGGCUACGCGGUACAGAGGCUGCCCGAGCUGCUGACGGAGCGCCAACUGGACCUGGGCACCCUCAACAAGGUGUUCGCGUCACAGUGGCUGAACUCCAGGCAGGUGGUGUGCGGCACCAAGUGUAACACGCUCUUUGUGGUAGACGUGCAGUCAGGCCACAUCACGCGCAUCCCCCUCAUGCGGGACAGGGAGGCCAGGCUGGCCCAGGACCAACAGGGCUGUGGCAUCCAUGCCAUCGAGCUGAAUCCCUCCAAGACGCUUCUGGCCACCGGCGGCGAAAAUCCCAACAGCCUGGCCAUCUACCAGCUGCCCACCCUGGACCCCCUGUGCCUGGGCGACCGCCAUGGCCACAAUGACUGGAUCUUCGCCGUCGCCUGGCUGAGUGACACCGUAGCCGUGAGCGGCUCCCGUGACGGCACUGUGGCGCUGUGGCAGAUGGACCCGGACAAGUUCGAUGACACUGUUGCCUGGCAUAGCGAGGUGGGUCUCCCCGUAUAUGCCCACAUCCGUCCGAAGGAUGUGGAGGCCAUCCCCAGGGCCAUCAUCAACCCCAGUAACCGCAAGGUGCGGGCCCUGGCCUGCGGCGCCAAGAACCAGGAGCUGGGAGCGGUGUCCUUGGAUGGCUACUUCCACCUGUGGAAAGCCCGGAGCACACUAUCCAGGCUGCUGUCCAUCAGGCUGCCCUACUUCCGGGAUAAUGUGUGCCUGACCUACUGCGAUGAUAUGUCUGUGUAUGCUGUGGGCUCCCAUUCCCACGUGUCUUUCCUGGAUCUGCGCCAGGACCAGCAGAACAUCCGGCCCCUGUGUUCUCGAGAGGGUGGCACAGGCGUGCGGUCUCUGAGCUUCUACCGCCACAUCAUCACUGUCGGCACCGGUCAGGGCUCCCUGCUCUUCUAUGACAUCCGGGCCCAGAAGUUCCUGGAGGAGAGAGCCUCCGCCAACCUCGAGUCCUCUUCGGGACCUUCAGGGAGGAAGCUCAGGCUUGCCUGUGGCAGAGGUUGGCUCAACCACAAUGAUUUCUGGGUGAAUUACUUUGGUGGCAUGGAAGUGUUUCCCAAUGCGCUCUACACCCACUGCUACAACUGGCCAGAGAUGAAGCUCUUUGUGGCUGGGGGGCCUCUCCCUACAGGCCUCCAUGGGAACUAUGCAGGCCUCUGGAGCUAA